AACACUCUCCCCUCUUACUCUUUUCUUCCUUCAAACAAACUCAAACCAUGCUUCACUAUAUAUAUAAUUACACACCUUACUCUUCACUCUUAAAUCUUAACAAACCAAAAUCACAACCUCUUAACGGCAUAACAAACUCUUAUCUUCAACUCCAAAUUUCACAAUCAAAACAUUUUCCACUGAUCUCCAACACAUAAAAAUGUUUAACACCAACAACACUUUCUCUUCACACCCGUCUACCUCCGACACAUCAUUGCCGAAUUCAGAGGGUUCUUAUGGGACGUUAGUUACCAACGAUGAGGUACGGUUAGCUGUGAGUACCCCGAAGAAGCGUGCAGGGAGGAAAAAAUUCAAGGAGACUCGCCACCCGGUAUAUAGGGGCGUGAGGAAGAGGAACUUGGAUAAAUGGGUGUGUGAAAUGAGAGAGCCUAACAAAAAGACUAAGAUUUGGCUAGGGACUUUUCCAACAGCCGAAAUGGCAGCCCGAGCACAUGAUGUUGCCUCAAUGGCAUUGAGGGGCCGUUACGCCUGUCUCAACUUUGCUGACUCGGCGUGGCGGCUCCCUAAACCUGCCACCACACAGGCAAAAGAUAUACAAAAGGCGGCUGCACUAGCCGCCGAGGCUUUUAGACCAGACAAGACUUUAAAGACUAAUGAUAUUGAAAUGGAUGUAAUAACUAAUAAUAUUGAAAUGGAUGUAGGUUCCUCAGCCACAGAGGAGCAGAGUAUGGUUUGUAUGGAAGAGCAUGAAGAGGGAGUGAUGAACAUGCCAGAGUAUUUUAGGGAUAUGGCGCUAAUGUCCCCUACAUAUAGCUUUGGUUAUCAUGGGUAUGAAGAUAUUCAUGUAGAAGACUUUCAAGAUGAAGAGGAUUUUAAAAAAUGGUUUGCAACCAUAUGAUUUGGGUUGUGACAUCCAAUUUUUAAUGUCUCUACAUCCGCAAUGAGUGCAUUAGCCGCAUUUUUCUAUAUAUCAAGAAUUGUGAUCGUUUCCGUGUGACUGCGGUUGAGCCUUUCGGAAAGUCUCACUGAGUUAGACAAAAUAUUAAAUUGAGAGUAACUGCACAAGUAAGUUUUGAACACCACAACUUCUUUCAAAACUUUAAAUCAUCACUUAUAUGUUGUUCAAGUUUAACUCUUCUAUCAAAUAUGAGACAUUAUAACAACUGCAAACCCUACAUUAUUGUAUUCGGUCGGUUUCUCUGUUUAUGUCUCGGCGAGCGGACAACAAUAUAUUUGGCAAAGUGCUAAUAAUAAUGUGCUUUCUUCAUACUUCAUUAUGAAUAGUCAUUCACAGUUUGCUACUAUAAUCAGAAGCAAGUGAUUAAUAUGCUCAGCAAUUUCAUUCAGAAUGGUAUGUAUCUAGUCUUCUCUACUCUUUCUCUUUGUAUGCAUUGAGGAAAAGAAAAUAGCAUCACAUUUUCAUAUUUCAAACUUCUUUAUUUAUUAAUUAAGGUUAAAAUAAAAUGAGUUUAAAGACAGGAUUAUAAACUAAGAAUGCUUAAAUAUAAUGAAUUUAAGUCCACGUGAGUUUAACUCAGUUGUUAGAGAUAUAUCAUUAAUUAUAUAUGCUUGACAGGAGUUCGAACUCCGAACAAGCCACUUAUUCACCUUAAGAGAAUAGACAUAAUUUAAAGGUGGACCAUAUUAUUUUUAGUAAAUUUUAAUAAUAUAAAUAUUUCGCUUGUUCCCAAUUUUUAUCAUUAAUAGAAUUCUCAUUUAAUUAACAACAUACUAGUUAAA